AUGGAUCACCACAUGCGAAGUGGCUUUACUCAGACACCACCUGAUCUGACCAUUCCCAUCACACCCUUGAUGCACAAUAUGUCACAGAUGGAUCCUUUCAUCCAUGGCAACGGCUUCGACAAUGAUCCUGACAACAAUUUCUUGGCCAUGAACGCCGGCAACCUCAUGGAUUUUGAUACGACAAAUAUGCUAAACGACUUCACUAGUCCACCAAGUAUAUUCCAGGACCCCAACGACCAUUUCAUGGUUCAGGGGAAAGGCAUGCAAACACCCAAUCAGACGCAUCCAUCCUUGUAUGAUGGUUCCAUGACGAACAAAUCAGGUGUGGACACCAGUCCUGCAUACUCGGUUCUCCACCGACCGCGCUCGAGGCCACCCGCCGGACUCUCCCCUUCAACGACAUCAUCUAGCGGCCUGCAAGAGCCCGAUGCUGUAAUCGCAUCACACCAUGCAUGGCCGUUCUUCCAAUGCAAUCGUGUAGAACAAUAUGCAUUCUAUCCCCCCAAAACAGCACAUAUCUAUCUAGAGGGACUGGCCCAAACACUACGCAAUCAAGCCACGUGGCAUGCAUGGACGGCACAAGUGGAUGAGCGUUCGCUCGACAUUGCAACUGAACGCAAAAUACUCACAGAACCUAUUGUAGGCUGGUCGCGUGAGAAGCUCCUGGCUAUCACACAGUCAUUCCUGCACAAAGCUCUAGAUAUUCACAAGAACGACAGAGCGGCUCGAGAGGACAGCCCAGCCAGCCCGGGCUCAUCGAGAGAUUCCUUCUUGAUGCUCCCGCCACCAGACGUGAUGCAAUAUUUUCUUCGCAGUUACUCAGUACGGUAUGAGCCUUACUACUCGUCGGUGCCAGCAGGUCGCUUGGACCCGAAUGCUCUGAUGCAUUCAGCCAACAGCAAGGCGGCAAGUUUACUGAUUCUAUUGAUGGUCGCGUCGGGCGCAUCGGCAACGGCGACAGUGGAAGCUCGUUACAUAGCUAGCGGUCUGACCGAGGCUUGUCGUAUUUCGUUGUUUGACCUCAUCGAAAAGGACGUCAUGCAAUCUCGUGACCCUCUAGUCCUGCGAUCAGCUCUUCUCUUCAUCUGCCAGGCAGCAUGGUCUGGCGACAAAUGGCACAUGGAUAUGGCCAUGGGUCAACGCGGGACCUACCUUGCUAUGCUCGCUCAUGCGGGCAUGCUCGAAAAAUCAAACUGCCAUUACGAUCUGGAAGAAUGUCGUCGCGAGCCUGAGAGAGCCUGGGAGGAAUGGAAAGAACAGGAGACUAGACAUCGACUCGCACACGCAUGGAUCACUCUGGACCAGGAGAUCAGUCUGUUCGCUGAUACCGCUCCGUUGCUGUCCAUCGCGAAUCUGCACACCCCAAUGCCGGAGUCUGAUGACCUUUGGCAUGCUGGUUCGGUGACGGAGUGGACGGAGUUAUUCGACAAGACUUACGGAGCUUCAUACAAAGCCCCAGGAUCUCUUCGAGAUUUCUUCACGAGCUUCGUUGAUGGCGACUUUGCCGGUCAGACGUUGUCUCCCACGCAGCUCCGACUCUUGCUGCAUCCUCUUCAAGCCCAGGUGUGCCACCUUAGGCAGUUCAUCACCUGUCUUCCGGACGGCAGCAGCGGCAAAGCGUCGCGAGCGGUGUCCAGGGCAGCCACGAAGGCGAGGCUGGAAGAAAUUUCCAGCUUGCUUCAGCAGUGGUAUGCCAUCAUCAAGCAGAGCUUCUCCGGCAACAAAGGCACUUGCUGGACGACGUGCGCCAAUCUCAUCAUGUAUCAUCUCAUCUCUUUGAAUGCCAUCACAAGCUUCAAGGACAUUGAGCAAUUUGCUCGGCGAGAGGUGGUUCUUGGCCCAUUCCGACAUGCGGCGUGGCUGCAGAUGAAGUGUAUCGAUGCGCCAGAAGAGGUGUACUUCCACUGCGGCCAGAUCCUACGACUGAUCAGGUCGAUGCCGAAGCCAAUCCGUCCACCCUGGUGGGCUGGUGCCGUCUAUCGCGUGGCUCUGACUGCAUGGGCCACAAGCAUGGCUAACAGCAGUAACCGCCAUGGUGGCAACUCACCACUAGAAGUCGAGCAUCCUUUUGCCAUCGACAACUUGACACCUGAAAACGAAGCCAUCAGUCGGUACAUCAAGUACCAAGAAGGCACGCCCAUGCUGACAAGGGUGGACAACACCCUCGUACCGCUGGACGUCCCAUCCAAUGUCCUCCAACACUGCAUCGACGUCUUGGAGGACGACUCGUCCAUGCGCUUGGCUGAUGGCGUCAAGCGCAAGCUCAGAAUAUUCCUCACCAGCUGGAGGGAAACUUGA